AUGCCGCAUCGCGUGCAACACGUCCACCUGGACUCACCUCCCGAGCUCUCUGCGCUCAAGGUCGAAGCGCUUGCUGCCAUCAAUAGACUGAGACGUCAUGUACCAGAACCGGAGCCGUGUCCCGGUGAUAUACCCGCUUAUCGACGUGCUGCUGUGCUCCUUGGGCUGUUUGGAGGAAGACAUGGCGACCUCCACGCCGUUCUUUCACAUCGCGCCGUAGCUCUGAGGUCACACGGCGGCGACACCGCCAUCCCUGGCGGAAGGUUCGAGGCGAAAGACAAGGAUCUGGAAGCCACUGCCCGGCGAGAAGCUUGGGAAGAGACAGGACUUCCAAUCGACAGUCGGCGCGCCAUUAAGCUGUGCGAGCUACGACCAUUCCUGAGUGCCAACGAGCUGGUGGUCACGCCUAUCGUGGUGUGGUUGAUCGACCCGCUCAUCCAGCCCAAGCUGAACCCAUCAGAGGUACAAAGCAUCUUCAGCGUGCCCCUGGAAGCCUUUCUUUAUCACGUUCCGCCCACAUCACUUCGAUCUUCCCUCCGACUAGCGUCUACACCUCAGCCGGACCGCUAUCGACCUCCCAGCGAAGUCAGCGGGCCUUCAGACUGGCACAAUUGUAGGGAUAUCAGCUGGCUGGGAUGCAGGGUCAGACGACACAACUUUUGGCACCGAAGCAAUCCCAUUCGAGGCUUGACCAGCGACAUUCUCAUUCACUGCGCAAUGAUGGCAUACGACAAGACGCCCUCUUUCAGCAUGACUGCGCCAGGUCAACCAACGAACGACGAGCUCAUUCGCAAAGCUUUCAAGGGACCCUUGGCAGUCAAGAAACGACGCGUCAGACCGCGCAUGAGUGGCCUAGAGCAGCCAGUAGAUGACGAUAACAAGGAGGGCACACAUCGAAACAGUGCGGGGCCGAGGCCUCUGCCUGCUCUGGGCGCAACAAAGCAUUCGAAAUUGUAA